CAACGUCAUCAUCCUAAUACUGUGCUAUAAGAACCCAAUUCCCGAUCUUCUAUGGUCAUGUCCGGAGUCGACCGACCGGCCAUGUCGACAUCCUCCGCACCGUAUCUUUCUCGUAGCUCCCUAACCCUUUGCCUCCCUUACCUUUCUUCCGCCGCAAACCAAAGAACCCACCUCACCGCUUCCUUCUCUCGCCCCAUUUUACAGCGGAAGUGGAAGAACGACUUCCGGAAGAAGACCGUCUCUCUCCGCUGCAGCGCUCUUCUCCUCGCCGACGUCGCCCCUGCCACCUGCGCGGCCUACGGCACCCUUCUUCUCGGUGGAGGCGUCUUUGCCUAUGCGAGAUCCGGAAGUAGAGGCUCUAUUCUUGGAGGACUAUCCGGCGCUGCACUCAUGGCCGUCGCAUAUUAUCUCAUGCAAUCACCUGAGACAAAGGCAGUAGGUGAUGCCAUCGGAUUCGGGUCUGCUUUCCUUUUUGCUGCUGUAUUUGGUAUACGGUUGGCUGCCACUCGAAAAUUUAUACCUUCUGGACUAUUAUUGGGCCUUUCUGCUGGUGCCUUGGCAGUUUUCUUUUCUGCUUAUAUGCAAGAUAAGUUUUAAAUCAUGCAGGAGUUGUAACCUUAAGUCUUUCUUGGUAGAUGCUGGCAUGAUUUGGAUCUGUAAUAUAGAUGUACAAUAUGUAGGAUGGUGGAUCUGCAGGAAUAUUAUUUAUAGGGUGUAUUCAUGUAGGUGAAGUAAUUCUACUCUACUGCAUUUUCAGCAUAUCUGAUGCUCCUGAAUAAAAGGAAAUAAAGAUUUUGAAUUUGGGUAUGAUCUGUGCAACUAACAAUAGAUACCAGGGACAGGAGGCUUCAAAAAAUUUAAGAGUUUGAAACCGUUUGAGAUAAAAUGGUGAUUUCCUUUUCAGAUGAGUGACAAGAUCACUUGUUGUUUGGGAUAUCCGUAUACUCACCUGAAGUUGACAUCGAUCUCCUUUUUGUUUUGGAAGUCUUGCCUGAAUUUAAUCAUCCUAAAAUGAUUUAUGGAACUUCGGAAAUGAGAUUUUAGCAGGAGAUUAAGACAUAGCUAAAGAUAUCUCUAGUGAUCAUGAUUUAUGGGAGCGUUAUUUGGUACCAUGUCAUGGGAUUCCAUUCAGAAGUACUAGUGAAAAGCUUUAUGUAAGGAUAGCUGCAGCCACAAUCGAAGUUCCUGAUUAUGAUGGAAUAUUCUUCAUGUUUGUGUUCACACCUGUAUCGAUGGUAUAAUAUUUGUAUUUCUUGUACCAUUGAAUGAAAUUUCCAUUGUGGACUCCAUGAACCCCUGAGAUUAACUGGAAGAAGAAUCUAAAGUAGAUGGUAUCAGAGCAGCCAGUUUCUUUGACAUUGUCUAGAGUGGAAAUUUAAGUGACAAAAUGGAAGUGGUCACACUGAGUCUAAUGGGCAAUGAAGGGUUCCUUUGGAUCAUGCAGUGGACUCUCCAGCUAAUUUGGCAAGUUUUCACUGAUAAAGUUCCUGUGGAUUUUAGAUAAGCAAAUUCUUCAGAAAAUUCAGCAACUAUGCCUCAGUAAUUCCUUUUAAACUUUGCUGUCUAUCAAUGAUCACCCUGACAAGGUGGCACCAUCAGCUUCCUCAUCCUUUUAAGUUUUCAACUAUAAGUUGAUCUAAUUAAUGGAAGAUUUACAGACUCAUGAGACAGUUAGGCUCCAGAAUUUUUGAUCUGCAGAUUAUAGCCCAAAGAUCAGAACAGGAGUUUAGGGUCAAAUUCAGUAAGAUUUGUUUUGCUUUCAGUUUGAUUUGGUGGUUCCCUUACUGUUUUAGUACCUCGAUUGAUAGGCUCCAGAGUUCUUAGCCAGUAGGACGUUGGCACUCCUCUACCGCUCUGUGGUGUUAGUAAAUCAAUAAUAUUUCCGACAGUUUACUA